AUGGCUGGUGAACCUCAACCAGCGAAGAAGCGCCGCCUGCCCUUCAAGCCACCAAGUCGCACCCCAUCAACAAGUGCGGGGCCAUCAUCUUCCGCGUCAAAACCAGCUCCCAAAGCCAAAGGCAAGGCCAAACAGAACACUGCCAAAGCCUCCUCUUCAGCAUCAGCAUCCAAAUCAACAAAUCCCAAAUCCACAUCCUCAUCCAAGCGUCCACGCGCCGAAUCACCUGCCGCUGAAGCUUCAGCCUCCGACGGGGCAUCCGAGCCAGACUCCGAAGCAUCAAGCCGUAGUCGCGAACGAUCGCUCUCCCAAGAACCGGAUUAUAUCCUUGCAGAGAUCAUCACGAAUAACCCGACUGAAGACGUGGCUUCGAGCGACCCUAAGAUCCCGCCGAAACUGCUCACUCGGCUGCUGCAUCACCAUUUCCAGAAGGAGAAAACUAAGGUCGCGAAGGAUGCCAAUGAGGUCGUGGCCAAGUACGUCGAUGUCUUUGUGAGGGAGGCUAUUGCCCGUGCUGCGUAUGAACGCGCAGAAACGGACGUUGCUGGAGGUGUGAGGAGUAUCGGCGAUGGGUUUCUGGAGGUUGAAGACCUGGAGAAAAUGGCGCCGCAGCUUACGAUGGAUUUCUGA